AUGACGUACCGCCUCAGCCGCGAAGACUAUACGGUGGGCUGGGUCUGCGCUUUGCCCAUCGAGCUCACCGCAGCUCAGGAGAUGCUCGACGAAGAGCAUAAUGACCUCCAUCAAGACAGCGGCGAUACCAACAUAUACACUUUUAGACGCAUCGGCGGGCACAAUGUUGUCAUCGCCUGCCUACCCGCAGGCCUGACCGGCACCAACUCUGCUGCAGCGGUUGCAAUGCAGAUGAGGUCUACCUUCCGCGCGAUUCGAUUUGGGCUCAUGGUUGGGAUUAGAGGCGGCGUCCCUAGCCCAGAAACAGAUGUCCGACUUGGAGACGUUGUUAUCAGCCAGCCUAGCAACGGACAUGGUGGGGUUAUUCAGUAUGAUUUCGGAAAAUCGACGCCGAACGGUUUCGAGCGAUCAGGAUUCUUGAAUACUCCUCCGCAAAUCCUCCUUGCUGCCCUCGCAAAGCUACGAGCGAACCUCGACCGAGGCAGGAGCAAUCUCCCGGUGCACAUUUCAAAGCUCGGCAAGCUACCCAAAUUCAGCCGUAACCAGGCUGGUGACGAUAUACUGUUUGACGGAGGCUACAACCAUUCUGGAGGGAAUAACUAUAUAUUAUGCGAUGACACACGGAAGCUGCAUCGGGAAGCAAGGGCAAUCGAUACACCUAUCGGAAUCCAUUACGGCACGAUCGCAUCGGGAAACCAGGUGAUGAGGAACGGCGCUACAAGAGAUCAGAUCAGCUCUGAGUUUGGAGGAGUGCUGUGCUUCGAGAUGGAGGCGGCGGGCUUGAUGAACAGUUUCCCGUGCUUAGUAGUCCGUGGGAUCUGCGACUAUGCCGACUCUCACAAGAACAAGAGAUGGCAGCCGUACGCAGCUGGAACGGCGGCGGCAUACGCUAAAGAGCUGCUGUUAGUGAUGCCGGCGGUAGAUGUGAUGAAGACACGAACGGUCGCUGAAGCAACACAAGGGAUGCCUAUUUUCUACCUCCCUUUCCCAAGAAAUCGCCAGUUUGUCGGUCGAAGUGCAGAACUUGAUGCGCUGAAGCAAAAGCUGCUUGUGGACAAAGACUGCCAGAAGGUGGCAAUCAGCGGCCUUGGUGGCAUCGGCAAGACACAAAUUGCCCUACAAUUCGCAUACUUUGUUAAGGAAAGCUAUCCAGAAUUCUCCGUCUUCUGGGUCCAAGCGUUGAGUAUAGAGACUUUUGAGCGCGGUUGCAUAGAGAUGGCAACAGCAUUAGGAAUACGUCAGGAAAGCAAAGAUGACGUCAAGAAGCUAGUACAGCGGCGAUUAUGCGGAAAGGCCGCGGGCAAGUGGUUGCUUAUCAUCGAUAACGCCGACGACCUAGACUUACUUCGUGGUUCUGAGCAAACGGAAGGUUUGCUAACCUUCCUACCAGAAAGUGAAAAUGGCCUGACCAUAUUCACGACGCGCUAUGGAGAGGUAGCACAGUAUCUAGCCGGCAACGAUGUGGUCGAGGUCGGAAAGAUGAUGAAACGGGAAGCGUUAGGCUUGUUUGAGAAGUCACUGCUCCGAAAGGACCCUCCUUACAACGAGGAGAUCGUGAUGGAUCUUCUCACAGAGCUGGAAUACCUCCCGUUGGCUAUCACCCAGGCGGUAGCAUAUAUCAACACAUGCAAAACCCCUAUCCCCAAAUAUCUGCUGCUUUUGAAAAACACAGAAAAGAAUGCUAUUGCUAUUCUAAGCCGGAAUUUUGACGACAGGACACGAUACCCGAACUCGGCAAAUGCAGUUGCGAAGACAUGGACGAUCACAUUUAAUAAGAUUUCUGAAUCUGAUACGCUGGCGGCAGAUCUCCUCGCCUUCAUAUCUUUCAUCGAAUGGAAAGCAAUUCCGAACUCUAUUUUACCAGCAUCCGGCCGGGAAGCCCAGCAAGAAGAGGCCAUUGGCAUACUCUGCGCAUACUCAUUUCUAGAGAGACGAGGUGACGGUGAGAAAUUUGAUAUGCACCGACUCGUUCACUUAGCGACGGGGAUAUGGGUUAGUCAGAACGGCCGGGCAGUAGCCAAGAGUAUGGCGGCACUAAAACACCUCUCGGAAGUCUUUCCAUUUGGCGAGUACCAAAAUCGCGAAACCUGGCGGGAUUAUCUACCGCACGCGGCACGUAUAGUCAAGAACGAAAAUUGUCAGGGUAUAAAGGAAAGGAGCGAGCUCUGCCUAAAGGUCGGGCGGUGUUUAUACGUCGAUGGGAGGAUAAAUGAAGCUGUUCUCUGGCUACAGAAUUCCUGCGAAUGGAGGGAUAGAAAUCUCGCAGAAGACCAUCCCUCACGACUAGCAUCGCAGCACAACCUCGCCGGGGCAUACCAAGCGAACGGACAGGUCAAGGAGUGUCACGGCAGUGAGGCGGAUUCAAAUCAGAUUGUGUAA